AUGGGCCAGGCGUCUUGUCCUUUGGUGCAAGAAGUCCGCUGCCGGGCACCAGUUUUGCAGUGUGAAGGGCACUUUUCCUCACAGUCUGUAGUGUUUCACGGGUCCUUGUCGGCGGCCGGCUUGCGCCAACGGUUGCUGGCCCGAGCUACCACCUGCCUGGUUGCAAGGCGAAGAGUGUUAGGUUUCUACCAUGUGACCGAUGUAGUUGACUGCAUGUCCGCUUGCUUUGCCCCUGGCUUUGCACUUGUCAUUCAUGUUGGUGGCCCGCUGGUAGCGCUUGGUAACUCGGCGUGCCUUCGGAUUCGGAUGCUCUUCUGCUGCAGUCCCACUAAGCCCGUAGGCAACUUGAGCACGCAGAGGCUAUCAGAGUCGCCACAAGUGACAAAGGUAGGUCUUUCGAGAGUGGCGCUGCAAAGUCUGGUGCAUCUGCAGCGCUGGCCUCCAGACACUAAAGUCAAAAGCUAUCGAAAGGCUCUGCCGCUGCCCUUGAAUAUCCUCGCUGCCCCGAGUUGGAGCUCUGCACCGGCACGUCGUGGGUUCGAAUCCACAGCUCUCCAUAUCCAGUCUCAUGUCGUUGUGCAGGAUCUUUUCUGGCAGCUUAGGCAUCAUGUCUGCAGGAAUUCCUUGCACAACUUCAUCUGA